AUGGCUCCCAAGCAAGAACAAGAAUCUGCCCUCUUGAACCCUCUCGUCUAUGGUCAAGAUACAGACGAAGACUCAGAAUCCUACCAUUAUGCCCCUCCUCGAAGACGGCGAUGCUCUGCAUGCAGAUGUGUCGGAUGGAUCUUCACUUUACUCUCAAUUAUCUUCAUCUCAGCGCUCUCUGGUGCUUGGAUCUCAAUGGCAUAUCUCAACAUUGACCAGACAUGUGCUGCACACACAACAGCAUGGUCACCGGUUCUGAAGGACGUUGCGAUAAAAUACCACGAACAACCAUUUGAUGGAAACUUUAUGGAAGAGAAUGACUUCCGCAAGAAUGGCUCUGCGAAAGUCGAUGAAGCAUGGGAAUCACUUGGUGUUGAUUAUCGACCUGGUGUCAUCUCAUACGAAGAUGGAAUCGCCAGUGGCCUCACCGAUGCCCAUGUUCAAGUCAGUCCUGAGCAUGGCGGCGGUUUCAUCGUCAACGUUGAGGGCAUGCAUCACCUUCACUGUCUGAAUCUUGUACGCAAGUCUCUCUACUUCAAUUACGACCACUACAAGGCCCUGGGUGGACAUGCCUUCAAGAACGACGGCGAAGUCUUCCGCCUACACGUCACACACUGCCUUGACACAAUUCGCCAAGUUCUCAUGUGCAACGUCGAUACCGGUGUUCUUGGACAAGUCUGGUACGACAGAAAGAACCCCAGCGCAUUCCCCGACUUCAACACCAAGCACACUUGCAAGAACUACGAAGAUAUCAAGAAGUGGUCCGAGAAGCUUCAGGCUCCUCCUCCUGGCACUCUGCCCCCAGAUUUCCUCGCCGACCCACACCCCGAGCAUGUUCUUGAGUUCACACCAUAA